AAGUUUGGUCCUGCAGCAAGUUCAAGUCCAAGCUGUGGUUUCUGGAGGGAGAGCAGCCUCUGGACUGGGAGUGGGCAUGGACACCCACGUUAAGGAGGGACAACUCUAUGUGCAGCACCAGAAGUUUGGCAAGAAAUGGAAGAAGAACUGGUUGGUCCUAUACCCGGCCAGCCAAAACGGCAUCGCCCGCCUCGAGUUCUACGACUCGGCCUCAGGCAGCGGGGGCGGGGCCAGCGGAGGCUCGGCAAGCGGGUCCAAUGAAAAAAACAGGAAGGUGGACAAGAAGAUCAUCCGCCUGUCCGAGUGCAUCUCCAUCCUGCCGGCGCUGACGGAGAGCUGUCCCAAAGAGAACAUGGCGGCGUUCUGCGUGGAAACCAACGACAAGACGCACGUGUUCGCCGCAGAGAAGAACGCCGCCAUGGAAUGGAUGAAUACCAUGUGUGACAUCGCAUUUCAGGGAGGCAGCGGAAGCAGCGGCAGUGCGGUCGCAGACUCUAAUGGAGGACCCCAGGACAUGCAGAUGUCUGAAAACCUUAUCUACUACUCCAGAGAGGAAGUGAACGAGUUCUGGGUGAGCACUCAGCGAACCGAGGCGUCGGAGCGCAGCGGCCUGGCGGGGAGCUACUGGCUGAAAGCCGAAAGCGACGUCCUGAUCUUGAAGGAGCCGAUGACCAAGAGGAACGUCCUGGUGUGGCCCUACAAGCUGCUGAGGAGAUACGGGAGAGACCGGGUGAUGUUCUCAUUCGAGGCGGGUCGGCGCUGCGACUCGGGCCCGGGCAACUUCACCUUCGAAACCAAGCAGGGCAACGAGAUCUUCACGCUGGUGAACCAGGCCAUCCAGUCGCAGAAGGCUCUGACGGAGGAUCACCACCUCAGUGGCCCCUUGAGCCUCGACCCGGACUGCCCCUCGUCGCUGCAGCACAUACGCACCGCAGCCAGCGUGACGGGAAGCUGUGACAGCAGCAGCAGCAGCAGCCGGGAGGCCGACGGCGAUUCGGGCGGCAGCAAGCCGGGGUCCGCGGACGGCGUGCUGGGGAAGAGGGAGCUGGGAGACGGAGGAGGCAGCGGAGCGGGGAGAGGUGGAGCAGCAGCAGCACUAAAAGGGAGGAGUUUACCAGAACCGCCAGCCAUGCCGGGGGUUUUGGGGGGAGAAGGGGCCCCUCCACGGACUCAUAGAGGGCACGCGGCAGGAAAAGGUCUUUCCUCAGCUGAUGAACAUGCUGGACUGUACUCUGAGCCAGCGGACUCAGUCCGUCUGCCUCUGUACAGUGCUGAGUGCCUCUACUCGGACCCGGUGGACAGCAUCAAGGGGCAGAACCAGACCAGCACCGCAACCACCCCUCCAGUGCCCAGCCCACGAAUCCGACCUGUGGGAGAUGAGGCCUCGGCAGGUGGCACCCAAGGGGAUCAUCACCACAGGAAGCCACCGGACCUGUUCUCACAUGUGUACGACCAGAUCAGCCUGGAGUUACUCCAGAAAACAAGUGCUCUGAGUCUAAACGGGGCGGCAGGGGGGGGAAGAGGCACAGGAAGAGGGGUGAACAGUAACAGGCGACCCCCUGGAGGCCAUGCAGAGGGCGCUGUGUCCCCUCCCGCUCCUCCCUCGGAGCACAUAUACGACGAACCAGAGGGCUGCGCCAAAGGAAGCGUGAGUGCACCCGCUAGUUUAGACCUGAGUAUCUACAGCGAGGCCCGUUUGGAGCCUUACAGCCAGAAAAGACAGGAAGUGGUGGCGGCCGCAUCAGGACACUCUCUGCCGCAACUGGGCCCGAGCCGUGGCACAGCGCCUCCUUCUGCAGCUUUGAGGGGGCGAAAACCGGUCACUGCUCCCAAACCUGCAAGGGAAAUGUUCGGUCGGAAGGAGCCAGUGCCACUGCCCCCUGGGAAACACGGCGGUAAUAUGAACAACAACAACAUUUGGGGGGGAGGAGGAGGAGGGAAUGAGCUGUUCAGCGAAGUGUCGAAACAGACGCCUGUGAGCUCCUGGUGUAGCCAGAACCAGCAGGCGCCGCUGAGAUCACCUGACGUUAUCUAUGACAACUUGGGAAAUAUUUAACAUCUUUAUUCCAAACGUGGACUGAACCUUUUUAUCCUUUUAAAUGAGAGAGACGGAGAAGAAAAAUGAGAACCAAGCACAUGUUCUCACUUCUUCCAUCUUUGGACUGGAUUCAUUAUUUGAGACAGUCGAUUCAUUUGCUGUGGAUUAGCUCACAACGAUGAGAAAACCACAUUAUGAUGGUAUUUUAUGCAACUGUUGUCGGGCCACCCUGUGUGUGUGUGUGUGUUUAAGAAAGAGGGAGAGUGAGUGUUUGCAUGGCAAACCCAUAAUUGGUGUACGAAGCCACAGUGCGGUCGCACAAACAGAAACCGUACGGAUUUGCCAAAAGGAGCUCGGCCUACAGGCUUCACUGCAACAAGCUGAGAGAGCAGCUUGCUGCUUCUCCACAGUUUGAGACAAUGUGACGACGAGGACUUGAUCUUUGACCGGAAUGGAGCUUUCUUUUUUUGGGUGUCUGGGACUUGGAACUUUUGUGUUCUCUGGACUGAUGACUUAUCUUAAUUCCCACCAAAAUAAAGAUGUAGAACAUUUUCACCCCGGAUCCACUCGUUGGAAAAACUUUGCUGUUCCAGUUUUGGAGGAGGCCUGAAAAGUGGGACUUUUGGACCCUAUGUUGACGUACAUGGUUCAAAAAGGGUUUAUAGAUUUAAAUUGGCUACUUGUUGCACAAGAUAAAAUAAUGUGAUGUUUCUCUGUACAGACUAACAAACCAACCCCCUGUUAUGUGUCAGUACUUGUGAGUAUGUGUCAGAAACAGCUGUGCUGUCUGUAAAUAUUACUAAAAAUAAAAAUGUCUCUAGAAAACAUAAAGCAACAAACUC